CUAGGAGAGUCGAGGUCGUGGAGUUGCCGCCAGCAAGCGCGAAGAAACCGUCCAAGAGUCACAAACCGGCACCGAAGAAGGAUAUCAAUAUACCCUGGUCUGAAAGGAUGAGAGAUGUUCGAAGCCACCUCCUGGAGCCCAGCCGACACCUCGCGACAGCUUGGUUCACGAAGCCAGGCCAUCGAUAUGUCAAGUUCCAAGACAAAAAGGAAGAAUUUUGGAAGAAAAACACUUCGAAGAAGCCCAAGAUACCCAGAAACCUCCUUUUCGGAGCUCUACGCCGCCCACGAGCGCGUACAAGCCCACGAACUCCAUACGUAAGCCCCUACGUCUCCGACGGAGGGGUUCAAGGAAGUAGCAUCCAUGGUAUCGCGUCUGAAUACUCGCCUACGCCGCCGCAUUCUCCGAGUAUUCUCUCGCGAUCCGAUAGGGGCAAAGCCCCCACGUCGAGACGACGAAAAGUGAAAAGUCCAAAAGGGAAGGGUGCGGAUCCGUGGCAGCCAGAGCCAGUGGCUCCCGUAAGUCGGGCUUUGUGGAGGCACGUGGAGAAUCGCCAUGGUUGGGGACAGUACGAUAUUGAGCAUAGAGGCUACCUUGCGCGUGCUGAAAAGCAAUCCCAGCAGAGCAAUCUCUCCAGGAGAAGGUUCAGUGAUAUGUAUGAGUAUAUCAGGCCGGGUUCUGCGGGUGAGAGGUCAACGAAGGAUACAGCUCCAAAGAGAGUGCAUUUUAGAGAAGGAAGGCAUGGGGUUCAUUAAUCAUUAA